UUUGUAACUCACUCAGUGAGCAGCAGUGACCAUCGCAGUGCUAUUGACUUAACGUUGACGAUUCUUUUUCUCUCUCCCUUUGCUUCUAAAUGCUCAUAACUUCACUCUUCAGUAUUGGGUUUGCAUCACUUUCUUCAUUUCCUUGCUCAUUCUUUUCAUGAAGAGUGGAGAACAACUUUGAUUAGGUAAUACCGCACGAUCAUAGAGGUUCUGAUACUAUUCGAAGGGGAAAGGCAAAAGAGUUAGCAUUUAGCAUGGGUAAAACAAUUGAGUUGUAUGGAUUCCCUACUUCUGUGACUGUCGCCGAUGUAAAGAAGUUUGUAGAGAACAUUACUGGUGAAGGAACUGUGUUCGCCAUUAAGUUAAGGCAUGGCAAAGGUCGGUUUCCAAGAGCAUUUGCUAUUAUUCAAUUCACCGUCGCAAAUCAUGCUGCAUAUAUGAUGUCUAAAGCUAACAACAGUUUGAGAACAUUGCGGUAUGGGACCUCCUUUUUAAAAGCUCGGGAAAUGGAAAGAGAUAUUGUGCCAAAACCAAGAAAUUUUUUGCAUAGUUUGGAGGAUGUGAAACUGUAUUUUGGCUGUCAGAUCUCAAAAGGAAGAUUCUAUGUUUUGUGGGAAAUGCUGGAUGUCAGUAUAAAUUUUGGGUCUGGAAUGAGAAAGGUGCAUUUCUUAUUUUCCCAUAACAAUGUGCAAUACAAACUUGAGCUUUCAUAUGAGAACAUUUGGAAGAUUGAGCUGCAUCGACCAUGGGCUGAAGCUGCACGUUAUCUCCUGAUUCAGUUACUUGGUGCUCCCCGGGUUUUUGUGAAUGAUGUUCCUACGUCAGAAAAUUUAUUUGAAAAUAUGUUUGACAGUCCUUUGUUCAACUUCUACAAAGAUGGCCUUGAUGAGCAAUGGAUCCGAGCAAUAGAUUUCACUACAUAUAGUUGUAUUGGGCAGUCCACUGCCAUAUGUCUGGAGCUUCCUUGUGGCCAACAACUUCCAAAUUUCAAGGAAAACUUUGGUUAUUAUGAGGAAAGUAAUAGGCAAUACACUUUACAGACAGGAGUUCCAUUUUCUCAAAAUGUGGGUCUUGUCCCCAUUGUUGCUCCUCCUCAAGGUUUUGACAUACCUUAUGACAUUUUGUUUAAAGUCAAUUCAUUGGUUCAGCAUGGGUGUCUUGCAGGACCUGCACUUGAUGGUCACUUCUAUCACUUGGUGCGUAAAAUGCCACUUGCAUUCAUUGAACAUGCUUUAGAAAAAAUCUACUAUUCAAAGGAGUUCUGUUAUGAACCCACAGAGUGGUUGCAUACUGAGUACACAAGGUACCUUAGAUUAAAGAAUCCUCGUCAGUCACCUGCGAUAUCUUUGGAUACGGGGUUGGUAUAUGUUCGCAGGGUUCAGGUCACACCUUGCAAAGUUUACUUCUGUGGUCCAGAGAUUAAUGUCUCAAAUCGUGUUAUCCGUAAUUUCCAUGAACAUAUUGAUAACUUUCUACGUGUUUCAUUUGUUGAUGAGGAGUUGGAUAAACUGUUUGCAACUGAUUUAUUGUCACGUACACAGAACAAGAAAACUGAGAUAUAUACCAGAAUUCUUUCCGUACUUACGAAUGGCAUAGUUAUUGGUGACAAGAAAUUUGAGUUUCUAGCAUUCUCGUCAAGUCAGUUGCGGGAGAACUCUCUCUGGAUGUUUGCUCCUACAACAACUGGAUGCACUGCUGCUUAUAUAAGGGAAUGGAUGGGAGAUUUUCGCAAGAUUAGGAAUGUGGCUAAAUAUGCUGCUAGGCUGGGACAAUCUUUUGGUUCGUCUACUGAAACUCUAAGUGUCCAUAGGCAUGAAAUUGAAAUUAUUCCUGAUGUAAAGAAGCGUACAUAUGAUGGGGUUGAUUAUGUCUUCUCUGAUGGAAUCGGGAAAAUAUCUCUUGCAUUUGCCAAGAAAGUAGCUAAAAAAUGCGGUUAUGAUUCCACUCCAUCUGCCUUUCAGAUUCGAUAUGGAGGGUACAAAGGAGUGGUGGCUGUUGACCCAACAUCACAUUAUAAGUUAUCACUGAGGAAGAGCAUGCAGAAGUAUGAUUCAGAUAUCACGAAGUUGGAUGUUUUGGCCCGAAGUAAGUUUCAGCCUUGUUAUCUGAAUCGGCAGUUAAUUACCCUCUUGUCCACUCUUGGUAUCAGGGAUGGUGUUUUUGAGAAAAAACAAAGAGAAGCUGUUGAUCAACUGAACACUAUACUGACAGAUUCGUUAAAGGCACAGGAAGUUCUGGAUUUGAUGUCUGUGGGAGAGAUAACUAAUGUUCUGAAGGAGAUGCUCAUUUGUGGCUACAAGCCUAAUCUUGAACCUUUCCUAUCAAUGAUGCUGCAAACCUUUAGGGCAUCGAAACUGUUGGAAUUGCGACUCAAGUCCAGGAUCUUUAUUCCAAAAGGAAGAGCAAUGAUGGGAUGUCUAGAUGAAACUGGAACCCUGGAAUAUGGUCAAGUAUUUGUUCAGUUUUCUAAAAAUAGGCUGCAGAAUCCAUCUGACGAUUCACAUCAUUUGGCCCAGAAUUAUAUGGUUGCAGCUAAGGUAGUAGUAGCAAAAAACCCCUGCUUGCACCCAGGUGAUGUGCGUAUUUUAAAGGCUGUGGAUGUGCCAGCUUUGUACCACAUGGUGGAUUGUGUAGUUUUCCCUCAAAAAGGACCCAGACCUCAUCCAAAUGAGUGUUCGGGAAGUGAUCUGGAUGGGGAUAUCUACUUCGUUUGUUGGGACCAGGAAUUGAUUCCUUCUUGCCCAGUUAAACCAAUGGACUACACUGCUGCCGCAACUAUUGAAAUGGAUCAUGAUGUGUUGAUUGAGGAGGUUGAGGAGUAUUUUACCAACUACAUAGUCAAUGACAGUCUGGGAAUAAUUGCCAAUGCACACACUGUCUUUGCAGAUAAAGAACCUAUGAAAGCAAUGUCUGAGCCAUGUAUUAAGCUUGCAAAGCUGUUUUCAACAGCUGUUGACUUUCCAAAAACUGGUGUUCCAGCUGUUAUACCUCCUGAACUUUAUGUCAAAAAUUAUCCAGAUUUCAUGGAGAAGCCUGACAAACCCACCUACGAGUCGCAUAACGUGAUAGGAAAGCUCUUUAGGGAAGUGCUAGAAGUUUCAACAAGUGCUGGCUCUAUUUCAUCCUUCACUCAAGACGUCGCGAGACGGUCUUACGACCCUGACAUGGAAGUUGAUGGCUUUAUGGAGUAUGUUGAUGAUGCUUUCUAUCACAAAACCAAUUAUGACUACAAAUUGGGAAAUUUGAUGGACUACUAUGGGAUCAAAACUGAAGCUGAAAUCCUCAGUGGGAAUAUCAUGAAAAUGUCGAAAUCUUUCAACAAAAGGAGGGAUUCUGAAGCAAUCAAUAUGGCUGUGAGGUCCCUAAGGAAAGAGGCCAGGACCUGGUUCAAUGAGAGCAGCAGUGGUGUAGAUUCUGGGAGUGAUGAUGCAUAUGCAAAAGCCUCUGCUUGGUACUAUGUUACUUAUCAUCCAAGUUACUGGGGUUGCUACAAUGAAGGGAUGAAUAGGGAUCAUUAUCUCAGUUUCCCAUGGUGUGUUUACCCUCAGCUUAUGCAAAUUAAGAAGGAGAAAGCCAGCAUGAGAAGGUACUCUUCUUUGAGACGCAGGUUCAGUCAUGGGUUGGAUUUGAAUUGACAAAUUUGGACUAUGUACUCCAUAUUUUCCAGUUGGAUUUCUGGGAAGCUUGUUUAUAAGUAUGCAUGUAUAUUGUUUGGUAAUGCCACUAUAUAAUAUUAAGUGGAUAUAGGUGUAUCUGUGACUUUCUUUUAUCAUAUAUGAUAUUAUAUAUGCAUUAACCAUAUGCCAUUUAUAAAUGUGGCUUUUUCAUGA